AGUGAUACAGUAAGAAUAGUAAAUGUAUAUUUUUACUUGUGUGUUUUUGUUCAAUAAAAUAGGAUUAUCGUAUCGUAUUUUCGAGUCCUAUUUUUUAACUUGAGCAAAUGAAUUUAAUAUCACAAAAAUAAAUCAGUUCAGUAAGCUGGAUGUUUUACUUUUCUAAUUAAUUAUCGAAUUUAUUAUAGUUGAUAUUUUGAUUAAAAAUGGAAUCGCCUGAAAAAGAAAAUAUUCACGAAGUAACUAGUGAAAAGCCAAUUUUGGUUGAUGAUUGUGAGAUAAAAAAGGAUGCUAAUUUAGAUAUUUGUGAUGAAACAGCUGCAACAGUAGAGUUGACAAUAAUACACAAUAAAGAUAAAUAUUUAGUAACUAUGCCAUUUUCAGCAACUAUAGGUCAACUUAAAAACAAGCUAGUUGAUAUAAUUGGUGUACCAAGUAAAAUGCAAAAAAUCAUGAUUAAGGGGUUGGCUAAAGAUGAUCAAACUUUAGAAUCUUUAAAUGUCAAUACAGCUACCAAAAUCAUGGUUGUUGGUGCUAAGCUUCAGGAUAUAGUUGCUGUUUCUGUAGUGUCUCCUGAAGAAUCUAGUUCAGAUAGUGCUAGUACCUCUACCAAAGAACCUUUAUGUAAGAAAAAGUUACAUUAUAAAAUACUAGAAAGAGGUAUUCCAGAAGAUGUCAUGGUUGGAAUUUUAAAUGUAAAGGAUCCAUUACCUCCACAUCCUUUAAGUGGUAUGCUUAAUAAGCAUGGAGGAAAAGUAAGACUGACAUUUAAAUUGGAAUUAGAUCAACUAUGGAUUGGUACCAAAGAAAGAACUCAAAAAAUAGCGAUGAAUACUAUUAAACAUGUGGUGAAUGAGCCAAUUGAUGGACAUGAAGAGUAUCAUAUAGUGGGUUUUCAAUUAGGUACGACUGAGGCAUCUCGCUACUGGGUGUACUGGGUGCCAGCUCAAUACAUUGACUCGAUUAAAGAAGCUAUUUUUGGAGGUUGAAAUUUGUUUUCAAUAUUCUAGUCGAUCCUCCUCAUUUUGGUUAUUAACAGAUUAAUAUAAUAAGUAAAUUUAAUUUUCUGUGGCUUUAACAGUUAUUUUUUGUGUAAUUAUUUUUAUAUUAAUUAUUUAUUAAGUUGUUUCUUAUCAUUGUUUAAACAUACAAAAUAUUACCAAAUGAAUAUUCACUGAUUUUAUACAAAUUGUUUUAAGAAAGAUAAGUUCCUUGAGAUAAUUAAUGUAU